GAAAGAGAUAUCCUGAAACACUGCUGUGGUGGUAUGAAGGUCCUCCAGUCUCAAAUCUUGGGAGUUACACCAAGCCUAUAGUCACCAAUCUUAUGUCAAGGGAUUCCAAGGCCACCUAAUUUCAUAUGAAUGAACACCUUCAAUUAUUGAUAGGCCUCAAUCGGACACACUGAAUGCAAUCAAAGGGAUUCCCCAAGGAUUUCAUUCGCCACCCAUUCACCAUCACUCACCUAAGGUUUUCAAGAUGCGGCUGGCAAACCAAGAACUCAAGGGCGGCUUCAAGACCGACAUGCUCUUCUACCAUUCGGUGCAAUGGAUCAUGAAGGACAGCUUCGGUCACGCGAGGCUCACUCGCGAAGUGACGGAUUCAUGGGUCCAGCGAAAGUUCGAGCACGGCGGACACUACUUCAGCAAUGAAGUUCCGGAGUUGAGCGAAAAGGAGAUUGACAGCAUUCCAGGAGCCCGUGCAUCUUUGGGGAACCUGGAUUCGAUGACGUUUGAAGUCCUAGAGCGGAUGGGUAAUCGGAUGAUGAUUAAGUCCGA